UUAAGUCAGACGGUUGAUUCUGUUGUAACAUCGGUCAACUCAGAUGGAGUUAUUGUAUUCUUCAUUUUGUAGACGACAUUCGAAGCUCAGUUUCAUUUGUACAGAUCAAACUUAUUUCAAAGUGACAGAGAAAAUAGUUUGUGAAAAAUGAGAGCAAAUAUUUGCAGUCUUCCGAUAUAAAGUUGCACAAACCAACAAUCAUUGACCUCAUAUAUAUGUAUAUAUAUAUCUGAAAACACGAAGUCGAUCAUGCGAAAAGAACAAACGUACUGAAAACAUACUUUGCAUUACCCUCAAAGUGAUGUCAUCUUCGUUUGAAGGCUUUCUAGCAGGAAGAAUUUCGAAAUAUGGUAGGAUUUCUUGAAGUUGACAAACAUAAUUUCAUUUGAUAUAGUGGCAAUCCUUUUCGUUCUGAGUUGCUGUUACGAAUUCAUUGGAACAGAUGAAACCACACGGAUUACGGGAACACCUGACACUGCAACAAACACAUUGGAAGAGACUAUGCAGAAUAAUACCGAUAACUCACGUUUCUCGAAUCAUUGUAUUGAUUUUUACGAAACUGCAUGUGGAGAGUGGGAAAAACAGAACCCUUUGUCGGGUGAUAGUGCUAGUUCAAGCGUUAUGCAACAGAUGGGAAUGAACGUUGAUAACUACUUCUGGGAGAUAAUUGCUAACGAUUCAUACUAUAAAGAAGAUUGGCGCUUACAAUCAGCUCGAGCAUUUUACAAAUCUUGCGUAAAUAGUCGAAAUUCAGACACAACGCGUGAAAGUCGUCAUUACUUGAUAGAUAUGCAUUUUGGCGGAUGGCAACUAAUACCAUCACUUUCGACGGAGAUAAAUAAUACAAAUGGGCGAAAUCAAAGUCAAAUGAAUAACAGUCUUACCGAUCUAUUUCUACCAAUAUUAACUCAAACUGGACGUUCACCUUUAUUUUCAAUGAACAUCGCAGAGGAUAUUUUUGCCGUCCUAAUUUCACCUGGUCAGUUCGCUUUUCAAACAGAUUUACAGAAGACUGAUAUGGAUAAAUCCGAAGAGGAUUACUACAAGCUUGCACUUGAAACUGGGGUACCUCAGUCUCAAAUACCACAACUAACGGAUGCUUUCCGAAAAAUGAUUCGAUUAGGCAGAAUCGAUUGGAGUUAUAUACUUGACAAAGUAUUACAAGAAACUGGAUAUGUAAAAUACCACAAACUACCAAUCAUUAUCGAACGGAGAAAUGAACUCCGUCAACGUUGCGCAGAAUACCGUGAAAUAUUGACGGAAAUAGAUGGUGGAAGUACUCUACGCACAAUAGCUAUUAUGGAUUUUUUACGAGAACAACAAAAGAAUACACUAAACGUCCAUACAUUUGAAACGAAUGAUAACUUCAAUUCAUGUUAGUUAUAUAUUCAACAAUGUAUUUAUUUACUUAGUACUGAAAUUAUACAAUAGAAUUACUUAUUUGUAGUUAAU